AUGUUGGGCGAGAGGCGGAGACCUCUGGACCCCUCCCCUCAAAUAUAUUCACAUUCGCGCACGAGAACGACUUCGUCCAAUGUCUUCCCCGUACAACAACCCACACCGAUGCAUCUCCAACAACCGUCCAUGGGCCACUCGCGGCGAUCUCCCUCCGUCAAUACCUUCAGCACCGUAUCUUCUAAUACACCUCCCGCCGCCUUCCGUACCUCCCCCACCACCGAACUUCGUCGCAGUACCUCGUCCCGAUCCGGUGGCCAGGCCACUAGCUAUGUCGCCCUGCUGAGAAAGCAAAAGGCCACCGUCUGGUGCGAUCGAGCACAAUACGAAGAUCCCAGGAUAGCAGCACAACAAAGGGCGGCUAAACAACGAGCACACAUGGAAGUGCUCGGCGGUACUGCCCCAGGUCGAACAUCGACUGGCAUCAGCAGCGCCGGAAAGGUGGCGGCCAAGAUACGGCACCACGGCAAGCCUGGCGUCGUUGGCUAUGCCCCAGAGAACAACUAUGUUGGCGUUGGCGGCGUGCCCAUGCGACUCAGUGCCACCGAAGUCGAAGGCGAGGACAGCGAUGACGACGACGUGGCUGCUCAGCGCUUGCACCACCGUAGGACGGGGAGCAGCGGACGCAGCAGUACCGCCAGUGGUCGGCGCGUCGUCUCAUAUCGCUCAUCUGGCGGCGUAGGACCGGGUAAGAGGUGGAGUCCAGGCGAUACGCCCGAGCGGGCGGGCAGUCUGGUCGAGGAUAAGGCAGAGUACGAGAUCGGAGACGAGCGCAACUUUGGCCGGGCCCAAAGCACUCGCAGUGGCAGCAGUGGGGAGCGCGCAGAUGCCCUACCUGAAAUGGGUGGCCCCAGUGCGGCCAAGUUAGCGAGUAACAGCUUGCUGAACGCGGCUCUGACGCGAGAGAAGAGCGUGAAGAACCCGGAGGAUCUGCGGAGGCGCGGCAGUGUCGACGAACGGACUAUGACCCUCACCGCUGGCCGGCUCUACAUCGCCAACCCUGAUUAA